AAAGAGAUCUGUUCCUCCCUUCGCCGUUCCUUUCCACCGUCGUCUAUCUCUGACCUCUCGUCCUGGAACGGCCUCAUCAGCCUUCCUCUGCGGCUUCAUGCCAUCUGUUUGCUUGCCGCUUGGCCGCUUCAGUUCGCAAAUCGCCUCCUUCUAGCCUCGGGCUAUCCAGCUAUGCUUCUGAGUUCUUGGGUCACCUGCACUAUGUUGGCCCGGAGCUCAUCUAGCAGACCUAAUUGCACCAGCAAGCCGAAGGAAACUCCAGUAACAUCAAUAGGCAUGAUAAUUUUAUUUUUUCUUAAUCCUAAAAUCUCUUUUGCAAUGUCGCUUAACCUUACUGCGAUUAAGGCAGAUUUGGAAUAA